AUGGCUCAUUUCAAGUUUGCAAUCCUUGACGAUUACCAGGGCAUUGCGCCUGCCUAUUUCACUCACCUCGAGUCGCGAGUUGACAUUUCCAGUUUUCCCGAAACCCUCGAUCCCCGCGAUCCUGCACAACACGAUGCCCUUGUCCAACGACUCCUUCCCUUCGAUAUCAUCUUGGCGAUGCGCGAGCGAACACCUUUUGCAGCCAAUACUAUUGCAGCGCUCCCAAAUUUGAAACUUCUUUUGACCACGGGUACUCGCAAUCUGGCGCUAGAUCUCGGGGCAUUUACACGUUCCAAUGUGGCUGUCGCAGGCACCGAGGGUCGCCCACCCGGUGUGAAUUCGACGGUUCAGCAUACAUGGGCUUUGAUCUUGGGACUAGCCCGAAAUAUAGCACGCGACGAUGCAGCCGUCAAACGCGGUGCAUGGCAAGGUUCCCUUGGGAUCAACUUGUCCGGGAAGACAUUAGGGCUGCUUGGGCUGGGAAAACUUGGGUCGCAAGUAGGAAAGAUUGGCGCUCUGGCUUUCGGCAUGAAGGUUCUCGCAUGGUCAACAAACCUGACACAGGAAAAGGCCGACGAGCAAGCGCACGCUCAGGGUCUGCCAGUGGGGACAUUUGCCGUCGCCGCGUCCAAAGAGGAAUUCUUCGCCCAGGCUGACAUCGUCAGUGUACACAGCGUACUAUCGGAUCGAAGUCGUGGAAUUGUUGGCGCAACUGAAAUAGCAAAUAUGCAACCAUCUGCAUUUAUCAUCAAUACUUCACGUGGGCCCUUGAUUGAGGAGCAGGCCCUCCUCGAGGCUCUGAAUGCGGGCCGCAUUCGUGGCGCCGCGUUAGAUGUCUUUGACCCGGAGCCAUUGCCUCUGGAUAGUCCAUGGCGUAAUACUCCCUGGGGCCAGGAUGGACGCAGUGAAGUUCUGCUUUCCCCCCACAUGGGAUACGGAGAGGAGGAGCUAUUGCGGGGGUGGUAUCGCGAAACAGCGGAGAAUUUAGAGCGGUGGUUGAAUGGACAGGAGCUACUGCGCAAGAUGAAUUGA